UCUUUGGACACACCACUCCGGCGAAAGAAGCAUACCACUCUCCCGACUCCACGCGCUCUUUACGCUGCAAGAAAGCAAUUUUCCUUCUUACAGUUCAAGAUUUUCUCGGUACCCAAACACCCAAAUCUUUCGUACCAAUGGAAGAUACCCAUUUCAGCACUCUCGGUCAAGACACAGAAACCCAAAUCUCAGACCCCUCUAUUGCUCCUGUUUUCGAUUGGGACAAACCCUUCAACGAGGAAAACCAAGAAUCUCCCAUGGAUGAGGACGAGGAAUCUUCGACAGAUCGUAUGGUUUGCGAUUCAAGUGCAAGGCUGAUUUUAAGUGGGUUUAUACAGCCUGAUUGCAGAGAGAAAGUUGUGAUGUUUGUAAAUGCCGGCGGGGAGGGUUCAACUGAAGCAAAUUGCACUAUGAGUUUCAUGGCUGAUAGCUUUUUUCAAGGAGGGGAUGCAUUCCAAACUGACGAGCGCAUAGUUGAGAGCGGCGAUCACUCUUUAAUAUACCAAUCAGUGCGACUAGGAAAUUUCUGUUACCGGUUCAACAACAUGCUUCCUGGAGAUUAUUACGUGGACCUUCAUUUUGUAGAGAUAAUAAAUACUUAUGGUCCUAAAGGAAUGAGGGUGUUCAAUGUAUUCAUGCAGGAUGAGAAGAUCCUGUCAGACUUUGACAUUUUCUCCAUUGUUGGAGCCAACAAACCAUUGCAGCUCGUUGAUUCAAGGGUUUCUGUUAAGGAUGAUGGCCUGAUUAUAAUAAGAUUUGAAGGAGUCAAUGGAAGUCCUCUGGUUAGUGGGAUCUGUAUACGGAGAGCGCCAAAGUUCUCAGCUUUACCAGUGAAACGUGAGCAUCUUGUAUGUAGAAACUGUGCUGCAGAGAUUGAAGUUACUUCAGCUCAGCACAAAGUAAUGCAAAUGAAAUCAACUGCCAAGUAUGAGAAGAAGAUACAAGAGCUGAGUGCCCAGUGCCAACGCAAGUCAGAUGAAUGUUAUCAAGCCUGGAUGUCUUUAACUGCUGCAAAUGAACAACUAGAGAAGGUUAGGAUGGAACUUGACAACAAGUUGUUCCAGACAUACUCUCUUGACCAAACUGUGGAUAAACAAGCUGAAAACCUAAGGAAUAUUUCUAGCAAGUAUGAGUGCGAUAAGAAGUUUUGGGCCAUGGCAAUUAAUAAUUUGCAGGAAAAGAUAAAGGUGAUGAAAGAGGAGCAUUCUCGGCUCUCCCGUGAAGCGCAUGAAUGCACCGACUCAAUUCCUGAUUUAAAUAAAAUGGUUUUUGCAGUUCAGUCGUUGGUUUCUCAGUGUGAGGAUUUAAAAGUCAAGUACAAUGAAGAGCACACAAAGAGAAGGAAGCUAUAUAACGAAGUUCAGGAAGCAAAAGGAAAUAUACGGGUAUUUUGCCGAUGUCGUCCUUUAAGCAAGACUGAGGUUGCAUCUGGGCAUGCAACAGUUGUGGACUUUGAUGCAGCCAAGGAUGGGGAACUUGGGAUACUGACUGGUGGUUCUACGAGAAAGAACUUCAAAUUCGACCGAGUUUAUACACCAAAAGAUGAUCAAGUUGAUGUCUUUGCGGAUGCUUCACCAAUGGUGAUCUCAGUGUUGGACGGCUACAACGUGUGUAUCUUUGCUUAUGGGCAAACAGGAACUGGUAAAACUUUUACAAUGGAAGGUAUUGAGCAAAAUCGGGGAGUCAAUUAUAGGACACUCGAGGAGUUGUUCAGAGUUUCCAAGGAAAGGAGCGAAACUUUUUCCUACGAUAUAUCUGUUAGUGUGCUUGAAGUAUAUAAUGAGCAGAUUAGGGACCUUUUGGGUGCAUCACCAACAUCGAAAAAGUUGGAGAUAAAGCAAGCUUCGGAAGGGUUUCAUCAUGUUCCUGGAAUAGUGGAAGCCAAAGUGGAGAACACAAGGGAAGUCUGGAAUGUACUGCAGGCUGGAAGUAGUGCAAGGGCCGUGGGAUCCAAUAAUAUCAAUGAGCAUAGCAGCCGUUCUCAUUGCAUGCUCUGUAUAAUGGUAAAAACAAGAAACUUAAUGAGUGGUGAAUGCACCAAGAGCAAACUUUGGCUUGUGGAUUUGGCAGGCAGUGAGAGGCUUGCGAAAACUGAUGUUCAAGGGGAUCGCCUCAAGGAAGCUCAAAAUAUCAAUAGGUCACUUUCAGCCCUUGGAGAUGUGAUAUCAGCUUUAGCAACUAAAAGCAGUCACAUUCCAUAUAGGAACUCUAAGCUGACACAUCUACUUCAGGAUUCAUUAGGAGGCGACUCUAAAACGUUAAUGUUCGUGCAAAUAAGCCCUUCUGAGCAUGACUUGAGUGAGACCCUGAGUUCAUUGAACUUCGCCACCCGGGCUCGAGGAGUUGAGCUGGGUCCUGCAAAGAAGCAAAUUGAUACGAGUGAGCUUCAGAAAUUAAAAAUGAUGCUUGAUAAAGCAAGGCAGGAAUGCAGAACAAAAGAUGAAUCUCUGAAGAAGCUAGAGGAUAGUUUACACAACUUUGAAAGUAAGGCUAAAGGCAAGGAUCAGGUUUACAAAAACCAACAGGAAAAGAUCAAGGAACUUGAAAGCCAGCUUGAGCUGAAGACAGCUUUACAUAACCAAUCAGAAAAGCAAGUGUUUCAUCUAUCUGAAAGAUUAAAGGGAAAUGACGAAACUUGUGCCUGUCUUCAACAGAAAGUAAAAGAGCUGGAGAAGAAGCUUAAAGAGCAAGAGCAAUCAGAGUCUACGACUUAUCAACAGGUCAAGGAUCUUGAAAACAAACUGAAAGAGCAAGUGAAAGAGUCCAAGUCUUACUCCGCUAACCUUCAACACAAGAUUGAGGAGUUAGAGAGGAAACUGAAAGAAGGUCAUGAACACAACUCAGAACCCUUACUUCAUCAAAAGGUUAAGGAGCUUGAAGACAAAUUGAGAGAACAGGAACAGCAGUAUGUUUCCAAGCUAAGUCUAGAUCCCACGGUAAGGGCCACUCCGAUAGAAGGAAAACGCUGCAUAAGAGAUGACACUAUGAAUGAUACUGAGCACCAUAUCCUCCGGAGUUCAAACUCCAUAAACCGCCCAAUGAGCCUAGGGUCGACAUUGCCUAAAGGAAACAUACCUUUUCACGGUACAAGGAAGCGUUUAUCCAGAAACAGCGAACCAGAAAACAAUUCCUUGAAUGACAAGAAGGGGAGGCACUCUGACCCUCCUAAACCAUUUUCUAGGGUUGCAAGAACAACAGUCAAGCAGCCUGUUGUUACAACCAGUAAAAGGCCAGUUGCGCAUAACCAAACCACGAGAGAUCCAGUUCAAGCAAUCAAGGAGAGGGAAAAUAAGAAGAGGAUUUGGUCAAGGUAGUGAAAAUGAAAAACCAGGAGAAGCCAACUUGUAGUUCGUUGUCUUCAUGCCAACAAAAUGUGACACAGUAAAUUUUUUUUUUUUCCCCUGGUUGUUUCUUGUGAAUUUUCAGUCUUUACGAUUUCUUUAUUUUGGAAAAAUGAAAGGUGAUUUAUGAAGUAGAGACGAUGAGAUGCAGCUGGUUAUGUGUUGUAGUAC